GACCGUCCCAUGCGCUGUGUGGAGUCGAGGAAGGAAUGUUGUCGGCGCAACCAGCUCGAAAACGUGAGAGCUAACGACAUGAACGAUGAAGACGCCGCAAAGUACCAAGAAGAUUUCUGCUUUUGCUGCCUUAGGCUCGAAAAUUAAGGCAGCAGGUGGGGAGACUCGUACUGGCAAGGUUGCCAAAAAGUACACAGUCACAGAGAAGCAAAAGAAAAUUCCAUGUAGCAAGAAGUUCAGACAGUCACUGAGGGUCAGGAAGAGUAACCAGACAGAUUCCACAAGUAACCAUGAACAGUCUACCAAUGGACAUGUGAAAAGGUCAUCAAUAAGUGCUGAGCACGAUCUCAAAGGUGUUGUUCCAGGGACUUCACACAACGUCAGAAAGAAAAGAAGUAGCAACAGUCUGACUUGUCAGGAUUCAGUCACAACUGCACCUCCUCCCAAAAGAAAGUAUGUUAGUAAAAAGCCUCCUGUCAAGACUGAUAUUUGUUAUCAGGAAGAACCAGGGACCUCUUUGACAGCUCUGUUGCAAGAACUGCCUGCAGCAGGCACAGACAGUGCCGCAGAAGCUGAGAAGUUGUUCCGUUGGCUCAUCAGUCCAGUAACCCCGGAUGAUUUUUUCAACGGACUGUGGGAGAAGAAACCAUUAUUGCUUAAACGACACAUGCCCGACUACAAUGCUGAUCUUUUUAGCUGUGAAGAACUCCACAACAUCUUGAGAGAGAAUGACCUUCAAUUUACUACUAACAUUGAUGUGACAACCUACUCAGAAGGCAAGAGACAGACACAUAAUCCUGUCGGUCGAGCUCAUGCACCUGUGGUCUGGGACUUCUACAAGAAUGGUUGCUCCGUACGGUUGCUCAAUCCUCAGACAUACUCAGAUGCAAUCUGGAAGUUAAACUCCCUGCUUCAGGAGUACUUCGGGAGCUUUGUGGGAGCAAAUAUAUACCUGACCCCAGCAGGUUCCCAAGGCUUUGCUCCUCACUAUGAUGACAUAGAAGCCUUCGUUUUACAACUUGAAGGAAAGAAAUACUGGCGAUUAUACAGCCCCAAAAACUCACAAGAAGUCUUGCCAAGAUUCUCAAGUGCCAACUUUACUCAAGAGGAGAUUGGUGAGCCAAUUUUUGACACAGUCCUAGAGCCUGGUGAUCUGCUUUAUUUCCCGAGAGGAACAAUACAUCAGGCAUCCACACCAGAAGACAGUCAUUCCCUGCACAUAACAUUGUCAACCUGUCAGUGCAACACAUGGGGGGAUCUGCUGGAGAAAUUACUACCCCAGACUCUGCAGACUGCAAUGAGUGCUGAGGCUGAGCUGCGUCAGUCCCUUCCAAGGGGUUACAUGCAGUACACCGGUAUUGCUAACUCAGAGUCGACUGACCCUCGGAGAAUAACUUUCCUCAGUAAGGUCAGUGAGAUGAUGAUCAAGCUCGCCCAAUAUGCUGUCAUUGACGAUGCAGCUGACCAGAUGGCUAGAGGAGUCAUUCAUGACAGUUUGCCUCCAAAACUUUCACAAGACGAGCAUGUGUGCAGCAUAUUUGGGAGUGGACCAGUAUGCAAGAAUGGGAAGGUAUCUAACGAAGUGGAAAUACGUGAAGAUACGCAGAUCCGAAUUGUACGUCGAGGAGUUGUCAGACUUAUUGCUGAAGAUGACCAAGUCCGAGUGUACCACACAUUGGAGAACUCACGAGUGUACCACAGCAAACAACCACAGUUUGUUGAAAUACCUGCUGAGGCAGCCUCAGCUGUUGAGUACCUGCUGCACACCUAUCCUGCCUUCACAGAUGUCAGCAGUCUUCCAUUAGUUGAUGAGUGGCAAGAUAAGCAAGUGGAACUGGCCCAGGUUCUGUAUGAAAGAGGAAUAGUAGUCAGCAAGAAGCCACUACAGCCUGCAUGAAUACGCACACAGACAGCAAGUUCUAGCUAUAAAUCUUAACUCAUUUUACAUGGUGUCAAGGAAAAUCGAAGUCACAAUUCUCUUUUAAAGAAUUUAACUGUCAUCACCUGUGGAAUUUUCUCUCUUUACAAUUGAAUGGAUUUCAUAAGCAUACUUUUAACAGUUCAGUGUGAUAAAAGAGAAUUACUCAGUUACUAAGAAAAUUUUUCCACAAGUGUCUACUUCAUUUAAAAGUGCAUAAGGUCUCCUUUCAUGUGGUAUAAUUGAUACAAUGAUGCAUGACUGAUCUGUUUAAAUUAGAAGUGUGUGACACCACUAACCGCUUUUAGCUUGCUUUUAGUUAUGCUUGACCCUAGUAGUUAUGCUUGGCCCUAUCAUCCUCUUGCUGGUGUCAAAUAUAAAAACGAUAACAUUAGCAUUUCAAUUAUUGACAAUGUUUAUUAGUCACAUGCUGUGUUAUUCAGUUUCAGCCAAAGAAUGAAAUGAACAUUGACCUUGCCAAAAGCAAAAUUUUCACUCGUUCAUUUUGUCAUUCAUUCUUCCUUCAUUUGUUGCAUUUUUGGUGCUUUUGUUAAGUCAGCAUGUAAAUUAUGAGGAAACAUUGUGGGCUUUGUAGUUUUAAUUUUCACCUUUUUAAAAGGUUUUGGCAAAAGACAACAUGUCAGUUGUGUGAGAUAAAUUGUUUUUGCUCUUUUCUUUAUUUUCUGGAUGACACAAAUCCAGAAGGACAAAAGGGGGGAAAAUUAUGCGCUUGACGAGGAAACUGAGAAAGUUGUUGUAUUUGAUGAGAAAAUGAGAGGAGAUUCCAAGACACAAAUUACACAAAGAUACAAUUAUACAUAUGCCCAUUCCUCUGAAUGGCUAAAAAAGCAAUGCAUUCUUUUGAUGAAAUUUUAAAAUCUUCAGCAAUUAUGAUGUCUCAUGUUUCCCGAAAACUAAGUAUGGUUGCUGUGACAACACUUAAAAUGUAACCUUAAAAGAGCUUGGGGAGGACAGAAUCUGCCCCCUAAACAUUGUUUCUGAUUUUGCAGCAGUGUUUUUUUUUCACAAGCUGAGCUUUGAAGAGUUUGUUCAGUUAUUUUGACGCCACAGCUGUGAAAAUCGAACUUGCUGUUCUUACACACACAGACCAUAUUUUCAAGAAGGGUCAGCCAAAAAUGUAUACUUUCCACUGUCAUGCUGGAUGCAAGUGGGCUGGCAUGCCAGUGCCUUCAACUUCAAAUGACUGUAACAAACGUAUGUCCCAUUGAGUUGAAAUUUUACAUCUGUACUGAUAAGGAGUGUCUUUACAUGCAUACCAAGUGUAAAAUAAAGCAGGCUUGGAACAUCAGAGUUCUGAUGGGGAAGGGGAUUCCCCUACCCCCAGCUCUGUUAGAUUUAAGGCAGGCACUUUACAGUUUCAGUUCUUUCUGUAUUCUUUGGUAUGUCCUGUCAACAUUUGACCUGUAGUAUCUUGCUACUGCAUAUUACUUCUCGUAAGGAAAAAGCAGCUUCACUUCUCAGCACAGGACAAAUUUUAAUGGUUUUAAUGGUUCACAAAGUGAAAAAUUGCUAUCAGAAAAUAAGAAUCAGAUGUAUGCGUAAUAAACUUCAAUCAACAAAAAAUAAUGGAAAAGACAAAAUUUA